GUAGUGCCAUACAUUCGAACAGGUGACCUUAUCGAAUAUCGAGUUUUAAAUCCUGACUUCUCCCUUGGGCUCUCACCCACCGUCCCAUCCCCUAAAACCCCCGCCCUCAUUCCCCUCUCCACUGUUCGACUUCACUCCACCAUCCCAUUCGCCGCUGCCUCCCCUUCCCUUUCAGCUUUGCAGUUGUUGAGCGAGCGAGCGAGUGGUCCUCCGAUUCAGUUCUCCAAGUUAAGUAUUCAUCAAUGGCUUCGAUUCGGGGCGUUUCAUGCGCUUGUCACCCCCCGUCUCUCGACUUACGCCGGAGGACAAUACUGCCAUCCGUUUCCCUGCUCUUCUCCGACAAGAAUCGCUCCAGCCCCGGCGGUGAAUGCGCCUCAAAAGCUAGACAAUUUCCUUUGAGGUGCUUCAGAGCGGGCAGUCCUUCCGCAGUUGCGACCCCCAAUUCUGUCUUGAGCGAAGAGGCCUUUAAAGGCCUUGACGCUUUCUCCAAACGCUCUGCGAGUUCGAGCGAUGAGGAAGAUGUAUUCGAUGAGACUGAGGCGGCAUCUGGAGGCCAAGACGACGAGCUUUCCAUUGACAAGCUGGGUUUGCCACAGCAGCUUGUUCAAUCUCUGGAGAAACGAGGCAUUACUCAUCUUUUCCCCAUUCAAAGAGCUGUGUUAGUCCCCGCACUAGAAGGCCGGGAUCUUAUUGCUCGCGCUAAGACUGGGACUGGGAAGACAUUGGCCUUUGGGAUCCCAAUAAUUAAGCGCCUUACUGAAGAUGAAGAUGCUAGCACUGGGAGGCGUUCUGGACGGCUUCCUAGAGUGUUGGUGUUAGCACCUACGAGGGAGCUAGCGAAGCAAGUAGAGAAAGAAAUCAAAGAAACUGCUCCUUCUUUGAGGACUGUUUGUGUCUACGGAGGAGUUUCCUAUAACAUGCAGCAGAGUGCUCUUACCCGUGGCGUUGAUGUGGUGGUUGGAACGCCCGGUAGACUCAUUGACCUGGUCAACAGUAACAGCCUCAGAUUGGGUGAAGUUGAAUAUCUGGUUCUCGAUGAAGCUGAUCAAAUGCUUGCUGUUGGAUUUGAGGAAGAUGUGGAAGUAAUUUUAGAAAAACUUCCAUCGCAGAGACAAAGCAUGUUAUUCUCUGCAACCAUGCCUGGUUGGGUUAAAAAAUUGUCGAGAAAACAUUUGGACAAUCCUCUUACAAUUGAUUUGGUUGGUGACCAAGAUGAGAAGCUGGCAGAAGGGAUCAAACUUUAUGCAAUGCCAGCCACUGCAACUUCAAAGCGGACCAUUCUUAGUGAUCUUAUCACAGUCUAUGCAAAGGGCGGAAAGACCAUUGUUUUUACACAGACAAAACGAGAUGCUGAUGAGGUCUCAAUGGCAUUAACAAACAGUAUUGCUUCAGAGGCAUUACAUGGUGAUAUAUCUCAACAUCAGAGGGAAAGAACCUUGAACGGUUUUCGGCAAGGAAAAUUCACUGUGCUUGUUGCCACUGAUGUUGCAUCUCGUGGGCUAGACAUUCCAAAUGUUGAUCUAAUUAUCCACUAUGAGCUGCCCAAUGAUCCAGAAACAUUCGUGCAUCGCUCUGGUCGUACUGGACGUGCUGGAAAAGAAGGCUCUGCAAUUCUGAUGUUUACUAGUAGUCAGAGGAGAACAGUUAGAUCUCUUGAGCGUGAUGUGGGUUGCAAAUUUGAGUUUAUUAGCCCUCCGGGUGUUGAAGAUGUUUUGGAGUCAUCAGCUGAGCAAGUUGUUGCUACUCUUCGUGGAGUUCACCCAGAGUCUGUAGAAUUUUUCACCCCAACUGCACAAAAAUUGAUUGAAGAACAAGGAAUGGGUGCUCUAGCUGCUGCACUGGCACAGUUGAGUGGUUUCGCGCAACCUCCUUCAUCCCGAUCACUUAUUAGUCAUGAGCAGGGAUGGGUAACAUUGCAAUUGACACGUGAUUCGGGUUAUUCCAGAGGCUUCCUGUCUGCUAGAUCCGUCACAGGAUUUCUUUCUGAUGUUUAUCCUGCUGCUGCUGAUGAAGUUGGGAAAAUAUAUAUAAUUGCAGAUGAAAGGGUUCAAGGGGCAGUUUUUGAUCUUCCAGAGGAGAUCGCAAAAGGGCUACUGAAUAUGCAAACACCACCUGGAAACACUGUUUCCAAGAUUGCUAAGUUGCCUCCUCUACAAGAUGAUGGGCCUCCUAGUGACUACUACGGUAGGUUUUCUAACAGGGAGCGAAGUUCUCGAGGGGGUUCUAGGGAACGUAGGGGUUUCAGAUCGUCAUCACGGGGUUGGGGGCGUGGCCAGGACUCCGACGAUGAUGAUAUGUUCAGGCGUGGUGGUCGGAGUCAGAGUUGGUCACAGAAUUCAAGAGGUGGCAGUAAUGACUGGCUAAUUGGUGGUAGAAGAACAAGCAGGACAUCAUCCUUUGGAAGUCGGAACAGAAACUUCGGAGGUUCAUGUUUUAACUGUGGGCAGUCGGGGCACAGGGCAUCUGAAUGCCCCAAUAAGCAGGACUACUAAUGUUGGCUGUGCUACUUUCUCGUUUGCCACCAUGAAUAGAUCUGUGCUGCCACUGCGAGGAUCUGUGUAGAACUGCUCUGUUUCCUAUUCCUAGCACAGUUUGUUCCAGAGGUUCAUUUCAACGCUUCAAGACGAACUAACAAACAAGCACACUGGUACUGCUCCUGAACAAAAAAAAAAAAAAGGCAGGAAAAAUUAUCUGGCUUAACUAUAAUGUUGUCUUUGAUAGUUUUAGCUAUGUCAUUUAUGGAAAAUUAUCACUUUUUUUUAAAAAAAAUCUUGAAAUUUUAUUCAGCUAAGCGACCAUAUGCUUGAGCAAUGGUGAUUUUGUAGGAUCAAGCAUUGUACGGGAUUUGGGCAUAUUAUUAUUUAUUUCUUGCGUGAACUUUUUUGGGAGGUGAAAA